AUGGUUGAUGUAGGGAAUGUUCGAUCGCGAUACCGCGGUCAUGUGACAUCUGGGGAAAGGCGAAAGGGCCAGGCUAGUCCCAAAGCGGAUGUCCCUGCCAAGGAUGCAUCGGCGGUCGGCAACUCAAGCUCCAGCUCGCGCACCCCCAAGUACGCUAGGCCGUGUUGGCCACAACCACAGCCGUCGAAACGCGAUAAGCGGCGCAACAUGCUGGCCGAGAAGCUGGCUGAGAUGAUGGCCUCCUUCUCCGACAACAGGGACAGCCACUACCGAGCCCAGCUUGCGGCGCUGCAGGCCGACAUCAAUCUCAUCAUCAAGGCGGACCCCUAUGCGAACAAGCCGCUCGAGGACAGCGGCGAAGAGGCCGCUGAGCUCAUCUCCCAGAUCAUGGGCAACAACGUGCCGACUGUGCCCAGCGCGGGCACCGACUACGUUGCCCAGUGUGGCAAAUACUAUUCGCGCUUCGUCGAUGCCGUCAAUGAUGCCAUGGAAGAGCGCGACUACAAUCUGACCAUGCUUUGGGUAAGUCCCAGCUUUGUCUGCCCCGAACCGUUGUCGCCUGAGAUGCUAAUUGCAUUUUGUUUUCUCUUGGAACAGAACAAGCACCAAAACGCAAAGAAUGAGAUUGAGAAUGCCCACUUUUACAAGGUCCAGAUCGCCGAGGAAGAGCACAAGCUGCUCGCCGCCACGAUUCGCGAGCGCCUCAUGGCCAGCCUCCAGCAACGGACGAGCCGGCUGAAGCGCGAGAAGGAGCAAUUGGACUUGUCGGAUAGCAACGCCAUGCUCCUACAUCCCAACCAGUUCAGUAUCGGCAACCCCGCCAGCCCAGGCGGUCCACAAGCCCCUCGCAAAACUAGGCGGACGGGUCACAAAUUUGGAGACGCAGAAGAGUUGGCAGCCGCCGUCAACGAGAACAAGCGCAAGCGAAAGCUGUUCGACGACCAAGACAAUGACUCUCCUGCUCCUGCCGGCCGCAACCUCGACAUGGGUGCUGGCUCCCCCUUCCGCGAAGCCAAGGCCCGUACCGUUAACGCGCAAUUCGAAUCCGCCGCCUACUCGAUUGACCGUCUCUUUACCGAAAAGGAGCUCAACAUGGCGAUGAAUCAAGCGACAAUUGCGGCCUCGCACUUCUUCGCCAAACUAAAGGGCGCACCACAAGACGCCACUACAAAUGGCACCUCUGCCCCCAAUGGCACCACCACGAACGGGGACCACCAGCCCAACCCCUCAGAAAACGGGGAUCCCAUGGAUCAAGACCAAGACUCGGACGACAUCCCCGGCCCAUCCGACAUGACGCGCCAAAUCUCUUCGAACCCACACGCCACACGCGGCGCAACCCGCUCCGCCCUCCACCCCAGCGCCGCCCUCGCCAACGGCCAGAUACCCUUCAUCUACAACCCGCCCUUUGUCCUCGACGCCAAAAUCUUCCAAAAAAUCAACGCCUCGGCACCACCGCCGACCGCCCUCGCCGCGCAGGACAUUGAACAAGACCUGAAGCUCAUGCUGCGCGAGGCCCGUCCAGACGACGAACUCAACGAAAAGCUACUCCAGGCCGCCUGUCACCCGGUCAAGGCGCGCGACUACCAGGUUCAGCCCCCGGGCUUCCAGGAGCCUGUGCCUGAGAUUACUCGCGUCGUCAGGGCGAAUAUGCCUCAUCUUGAGGUCGGAGGCGGGGCGGGUGGGGGCGCGAAUGGAGUCGGUGGCGUGGCGAUGAGUGCGCAGAGUAGUAUGGCGGGGUAUAGUGAUGCCGGGGCGAAUACGCCGCGGCAUGGAGAGGGUGAGGGGUUGGCGGUGCGGGGGGCUGGUUCCGGGGGCGGUGGGGUGGCCAUGGCGAGGACGGCGAGUGGGAGUGGGAGUGGGAGAGGGAGGGGAAGAGGGAGGUUGAAUUAG